ACCAGAUCAAACAACCGCUUGUGGGAAGGUUCCUCUGUUGAUUGGAGAGAAACCUGCUAGUUUAAUUCACAGCAAUAAAAUCGGGAAAGUUUGUAUGUGUGUGUAUAUGAAGAUAUAUGUGUGAGUGCUGUCACCGCUGUCACCCGGGUACAUUGCAACGCAGUUGGCACGACGACGACAACAACAACAACAACGGCUCUCAAAAAAACGGCGCCAUUUUUAAAGUUCAGUCGUGAGUCAUCUGUUGAACUAGAAACAUAUUCUAUGUCUGGAUAAACGGAGGAGUUCGAUGUUGCUCCUAUUGAUCAUCUCCAUAUUACUCUAGUCUGGACCGUUCCUGAUAAGCAAUUUACCAAUCAUGGAUGCAUCAAUUUAUGAUGUGUUUGUUGUUAAUGUUCAAAAAACAGUUGAAGAAUGCAUUGCCCUGGCUUGUACGCCUUCCAUGAAUUCCCUCUACACCCUCAAAUCAAACAUUGAAAAUGCCACCAGUUCUUGGCUGUUGGAUUUCUUAGAAAAUGGUGGCCUCACCUGUCUUCUGGAUAGUCUCUGUGCAAUGACCAUUCAGGGCCCUUCUAACUUUUCUGAUGCCAUAUUACAGUUUGAUUGUCUUAACUGUAUUACUACAGUAUUGAGCACCGAUGUUGGCAUGAUGCAUAUAUUGGAACUUCCAAAUGGCCUGAAAAAACUGACCUCAGCUUUAAACACCAACCACAGCAUGACGAAGAAAGAAUUAUUUGAAAUCUUAUCGGUUCUCUGUAUGUUCAGCCCACAGAGUUAUUAUGCUGUUCUUGAAGCUUUGAAUUAUUACAAAAAAGAGACUGAUCAAGCUCACCGUUUUAGUAUUUUAGUCACAGAAAUAACUCAAACUGAGACAGUUGCUUACAAAUGUACAAUCCUGACUGCCAUUAAUUGUAUAAUUAAUGGUAAUUUAAGUUUGCAAGGAAGGAACAAGAUCCGUAAUGAGUUUAUUAGUCUUGGACUUUUGGAUACUCUCAGUGUUCUACAUGCUGAAGAAUUCGAUAAAGACUUUCAAAUUCAAAUAGAGGCAUUUUAUUCUCAAAAGCACAAAGAUGAAGAAGACAUGCAGACCAAAUUUGAGAUGGAUUACCAAAGCCCUUCAGCAUUAUUGGAUUCUAUUAUUGAAAAGACUCUGGGAACACCGAAAUAUGUAUCGUUUCUGCACAUUUUACAAGAUUUACUCUCCCUUGAAUACAACAGUGAAAACGAAGAAAAUUCAGAGAAAUGGCAGCUGAUUGAAAACCUUAUUCCCAAAAUUCAAUCGGGAGAGAAACCAGUCUGGACAGACGGUCAGAAGUGUAAGAAAGUGUACGACAAAGAUCUUGACAUUCUGAAGGAAGAUAAUUUUAUUAAUUCUCUUUGUGAAGGAAGCAGUGAUAGUCAAGAAGGAAAUGCUGCCCCUGUAAUUAAAUACCCAUUUGGAACUGAAAAGAAUCUGUUUGACACUAAUUGUGACAAACUUUUAUUAUGGAUGUGUUUCACACCAUCAAAGAAAUUGAAGAAAAUCCAUUGGUCGAAAAUAACACCAAAAGAAAUCGAGAAAUCAGAUAAUUGCAUCUGGAGAUCCAGUAAUGACUUUCUACCAAUUAUACCAAAUUUUAGUAAAAUGGAAGACCUGUUUUAUUCUAAUAUUCCUGUUGAAAAUACCCAUCUGGUCGGAAUGCAGACUUUGAUGAAUGUCACACUGUUUCUUACACGAAGUGAAUAUGAUGCUGAGGAUUUAGUCAGAGCUUUACAAGAGAACAAUGUUGCUAGCAUACCUCAGACCACUCUGUCGAGUCUUAUCAAGAUUCUUCCAACUAAAGAAGAAGUGGCAGCACUUCGUUCUUACCAAGGUGAAAGAUUGCUUCUUCACCCAACUGAACAGUUCCUUGUUGAAUUAUCUGAUGUCAACGAUUUCCAUUUGAUACUGAGAGGUCAUUUCCUUCAAUCAGAAUUCCUUAUCAAAUUUGUCAAACUGCGAACCAGUAUUCGUAGCAUGGUAGAUGCCUGCAAAACUGUCUUAGAAGAUGCAGGCUUGAGAGAUUUCCUUCAUUUAAUUUUGGGAGCUGGUAAUUACCUUAACCAGGAAAGCUGUUAUGGCUGUGCGUAUGGUUUCAAGUUAUCAAGUCUGCUUGAAGUGUCCAAAAUAAAAGCUACCGAAUUCAGCUAUUUCAACUUACUUCAUCAUUUAGUGGAAUUGGCUGAAGAAAACGAUGAACAGGUUCUCAUGUUCACUGCUGAUGCAGACAUUCUGGAGAAAGCUGCAGCAUGUUGUUUGGAUGAGACGCGAAAUGAAGUAACGGCAUUGAGUAACAGUUUAAAGCAGUUUCUGAAAGAACUCAGUCAAGCUGACCAGGAAGUGAACAAUUUAUUUAGUAUUUUUAUCAAGGAUGUGAAAUUAUUAUUUGGUGAACUCCAAACACGGUUGAGACUUUUACGAACAUUGGCUCAUAAGGUAGCUGGUUACUUCUGUGAAAACGUCGAUGAUUUCAGCCUUCAGAAGUGCUUCCAAGAUCUCCAUGAAUUCUAUGAAGCAGUAAAGAAAUGUCGUACAGUAAGUAAUGGUAGCAAUUUUCUGAUUGGCUGCCCUUCAUAUCACCGACUAUUCUAUGGCAGAGACUGGAUGCAGUUUAUUGUGCCACCAGCACUGGAGAAUGCAUGUUCAUCUGCUUUGGAGAACAAGAAAGGUCCAAUGGAUCGAAUCCUUCAAGAGGUUCAUGGUGGUAACUUUGAGAAAUUUGCUGGAAAACCUAAUAAUUUGAUUAGUACUCCAGCUCGAAGUGAUGCUUCUAAACAUCAUCUGAAUUUUAGUCGAAUCAGUUUUGCUGGAAGUCAAAUAAAACUCCCAGAAGACGAAGAUGACUUUGACGAAACAUUGACUGAUUUCCGCAUUACACAGAAAAACAAAAUUUCUUCUGCCAAGACAAUGCUAUUUAAAAUUCACACAGCACCUUUUACCAAAGUAAGUCAAGCUACAUGUUCAGAAAGUUCAUCGAAGCCUUUUAAGAAAACCCAUGUGCGAAGCCAAAGCGAUUUCACGGACAGUAUUGUCUCUGGUGAAAACCAGUGGCACAAAUAUAAAGAAAUAUGUGAAAUAAAAAAUGGUGAGAUACUGAAGGCACCACUUGCACGGCCAGAAAGCUUAUUUACCCUUGAAAGUCUUAAUCUUGAAACACCGAGUAAUACCCUUACCAAAAAAGAAGUGAGCACUGUUCCAGAAAUGCCAGUUCUUUUCCAGUUAAGCCCAGAUAACAAACCAAAGAAAUCUGACCGAAGGUCUUCGUUUGGAAAUUUUAUCAGCAGAUUAUCGAAAGCUGUGUUGAAACCUCGUAACACAAACCAGGCUCGAGUUAGCAAAGCGCCACCAAAAUUGUCCAUUGAAAAGAGUAAAGACCAAACAGAGAAAAUCUGUCCUCAAUUGAAAAUACAGGAUAAAGAGAAUUCCCUAAAACCCAAUAAUACAAACCAGAGAAAUUUUGGUCAAAAGGCACCAAAAUUAUCUUUAGGAAAAGACAAAAAUAUUAAGACGGUUCCACCAAAGAAAAAUGAAACUAAAAAGAAUUCAGCAAGAACUGCUAAAAGCCCUGCCUUGAGUUCUAACCUAACCAACAAACCACUUUGUGUUAGAGGUGGUCAGCAAGUAAAGUCAAGGAAAUAACUUGUAAUUCAAAAUCUGCAAACUUUGUGAAGAAUUUACCAUUAAUGUUUCCUUGGUUGUUGGAAUGAGGGUGAUUGUUGUGUGUUUGUAUCUUCUGAUUGCUGCAUGUUUAUAAAUUUUUAUUUGAUCCCUUUAAAUACCUAAAUGUCAUAUUUACUCGGGUUUUUAGCUUAUUGCAUUAUUUUCAGCUUAGCUUUUUCAAAAUUUUUAUUUCUAUCUCAGUUUUGUUUUCAAACCUACUAUUUUUGUGAGUGCAUGAAGAGGCUUCUCUAUGGUCAUUCAACUGGCUAGUAAUAGCAGUCAGAUCUCUCAAUUUACACUUAAACUCUUCUUUCCUAAAAUGGUUGGGUAUAGGUCAGCUCAGUCAAGGUCCACCUUGGACUACACAAGAUCAAUGACAGCUUAUUGUAUAAUCUGUGUAUAUUUUCUGUUUUAUACUGACCAUAUCUCUCUCUCUCUCCAAACUUGGUAGGGACUUUUUAUUUGCCUCUAAUAUAGAAAUAUAAUUCUAGUUUGAGUCUCUUCAAAAAAACAGUUCACAAUUAUAAAUAUUUCAGCAAUUAGUGGAAUUAAUGAAUAGUUCAAUUAAAAUUGUUUUAUGAUGAGCUUCUGAGAUAACAAGAGCUCAGCUAUAGCUUAGCUGGAAAGUUAUUAAAUAUCUUAAAUAAAUGAAGGCUGCAAAAACGAAGUUUUACUGUGACUCAGGCGUUCAAUAACCAAUUCAUGUUAAUACAUUGCUGCAGCAACUGUCGCUGAAAGGACUAAUUAUUUGUUAUUAAUUAUCCAGGAUUGUUAUUGAAAAUAAUUCAAUAGACUGGAGUUUGAUUUCUGUUUUCAAGUCAUUGAGCAAAACUGAGUCACCCACCUCUUGUUCUAAUUUGUAGAUCCUCUUUAUGAACAGAUUCAGACAUUGCACUGUUAGAUAAAACAAAACAAAAUAGUCAGCAGUCCAUACGCAGUUCUUCUUGUUUUGUUCUUAGCUUCCUUGUCCAUGGAACCUAUUCCACAGCUAGUUGGACUGAGCCCGUGGUUGCAGCUCUGAUUCUUAUAUAAUAUUGGAUUGAAAUUAGUUUAGUUAUGUAGGUCACAGACUAUUUUACUAUUUUUAUGUUUUGGGGAAAAUAUUUUAUAUUUUCUUUUUGUUUUAAAAAGUUUUAUAUUUGUUGAUAGUGACAUUAUUAAUCAACUAAUGAUGUCUACAGGAAUCACAGUGAAAGUUUCAGCUUUAAAUCCAUGAGUCUGGGAUUAAUUCUAAUAGUUUGGUUAACCAUUUCCAUUCAAAUCCCAGUAAUCAUAGAAAAGUGUUCUUUAAACAUGUUUGAAAAACCCAUUAAAAAGUUUUUAUUUUUUGCACAAUAUCCCAAGUGCAUGCACAGACACACACACACACACACACGCUGCUUUUUGUUUUUUUCUGAAGCUGUUCAUAAGCAGAAGAGAGUCAUAAAGUUGCUUGAAUAAAAUCUUAGAUCCAGGUAUGUAAAAACAGUUUUACCUUACAUAUCACAAACAUUACAUACUCGGAACACAAAGAAAGGGGUCUUGGUCUGGGCACUUCAGGCUUCUGGAUCGCAAAAUGAACAAAAAAAAGUCUGUGUGUGUCUCUACACAUUUUAAUUCUAACACAUACAACACCAUUUUUCUUUCACACUUAAAUACAAAAAUUAUAAUUGGAGAAAAGAAAACAUUAAUUCCAUGAUAGCCAAAAUGUGUGGCUUUCUAUUAGUUUUCUAAUUCUCAGAGUUUGUA